GCUCAGAUAACUGGUCUUGAUAAUAAGACGUGGACUGAGCAAUAAUUUACUGACAGUAGUAAAUAAUAUUUAAGAUUGUGCUGACUACUGUAGCGGUACUGCUAGCUACGUUUCCAAAAUGGCGCCGGUACUGUACAAGAUAGACGCGAGUCCCCCCGCUUGCGCGGUCAGGAUGCUCGCUGACAUCAUCGGCCUGCAGCUGGAGAUCAAAGAUGUUGACUUUAGAACUAUGGAGCACAAGUCACCGGACUAUCUCAAGAUGAACCCUUUGGGAGUGAUACCAACAUUAAAUGACAACGGCUUUUUAUUAGGCGACAGCCACGCCAUAAUGAUCUACCUGCUCUCUGUAUACGGAGGCAACAAGAGCGAGUUGUUGUACCCGAGCGAUCCGAAAGCACGCGCCCUCAUCAACCAAGUACUGUUCUUUGAUGCCAGUAUACUGUUUAUCAGGAUCAAAGUGGUGGCUCUUCCAACAAUAAUGGAGGGUCUAAAGGCUCCCACAGAGCGCCACCUGUCGGACCUGGAGGAAGCGUAUGGUAUGCUGGAGAAGUUCCUGUCGCGACACCGCUACGUCGCCGCCGACCAUCUCACUAUUGCCGACCUGUCCGUAGCAACCACACUCUUUGCUGCUGUUGCCAUCAAGGAGAUAGAUGCUGAGAAAUUCCCGCUGUCUACGGCCUGGUACAAGAGGAUUCAAAAAGAGUCUUUCUACAAAGAGAUCGCAGCGCCCGGCGGCGUGUCGUUCACCCAAGCGAUGCAAUACUCCUGGCAGAAGAACAGCCAACAAUAAAUGUAAUACGGAACAUUGAAGAUUAAUUAUGUACUGUCUGAAACUACACAAGUCUCUAAACAAAGUCAGUUUUACAAAAAACUUUUUUUAGCGAUAGAUAAUUAGACUUUGCAUGCAAGCAAGAUUGUUUGAAUCCUAACAGCGUAAAAGCAACUAUCUGAAUGUCUUUAUCUGAAAAUAUUUGUGUUAACCGACUGUUGAACUAACUAUACCUUCCAAUCUGUUUAGUAUUUAAGAAAAACAUGGAUUCUUUUAGCUUUUACCGCCCUUGGUGUGCCACACAAUUACAAUAGAACUGAAAUAAACAAAAAUAUUAGAAAAUUAAAACUUGUACAAGUUUCUCGCUUACCUGAAAAGACGCAUGCAUGUAUGGUAACUCCGCUCUAGGGCAAUAUAAACCAACAAAAUAUUAAUUAUAACCUCAUUGCUAUUACGCAAAUCAAGAUCAACAAUCUCAGAUUAGGAAAUUUCUAUAUAAGUUCCUUUCAUAUUGACAUAUAAAAAUGAGUGCAUUUCCUUCUGCUAUGAUGCCAUGUCUAAUAAACAUCUAAAUUGAGAUUGGUGAAAUUUCAUAAGGGGACUUGACUUGUAGCAGUUUUCCACGCGAGCUGUUCAAGUGCCUAAUUAAAAACGUACCAACUUCUUUGUAAA